GCCUUCCUGCUGCCUCCGGAGUUGAUGACCUAUCCCGCGAGUGCCGAGCUUGUGGUGGCCGUGGCGCAGGACGGCUUGAACAGGUGGCUCAACAACAUCUCCACGCAGGUGAGCCACGAAGGUCGUGAGCAUGAGAUGGGGUGGCCGCAGCACAUACCCGGGGACCUCCCGAGCCUUCGGAACUUCAGGCCUUCCUGGUCAGACCUCGCAGGAGAGCGACAAACGAAGCGUGAGCUUCCCCCGAUGAGUGAAGAGACCUCUGGAAUUUUCAGAGGAGUAGGUGACGAGAUUUCUGGCAAAGAGAAUGUGAAUCUGAAUGUGCCGGAGACUUCCAAAAUGUAG